AUGACAAAGGAGGAGAGUCGGGGACUUGUGCGGAGGCACCAGCUUGGGCGGAGCCAGGGGGGGUGGCUGCGGGUGGCGCGGACCGGAGGAUUUGCGCUUUAAAGUCACGGUCGGCCGGAUUUCGUUACGCCCUGCCCGACGUCUUGAGUCAGAACACCAGUCAUGGAUAAAAAUGAGCUGGUUCAGAAGGCCAAGCUGGCCGAGCAGGCUGAGCGAUACGAUGACAUGGCAGCCUGCAUGAAGUCCGUAACUGAGCAAGGAGCUGAAUUAUCCAAUGAGGAGAGGAAUCUGCUCUCGGUUGCCUAUAAAAAUGUGGUAGGAGCCCGUAGGUCAUCUUGGAGGGUCGUCUCAAGUAUUGAGCAAAAGACGGAAGGUGCUGAGAAAAAACAGCAGAUGGCUCGAGAAUACAGAGAGAAAAUUGAGACGGAGCUGAGAGAUAUCUGCAAUGAUGUGCUGUCUCUUUUGGAAAAGUUCUUGAUCCCUAAUGCUUCUCAAGCAGAGAGCAAAGUCUUCUACUUGAAAAUGAAAGGAGACUACUACCGUUACUUAGCCGAGGUUGCUGCUGGUGAUGACAAGAAAGGGAUUGUGGAUCAGUCACAACAAGCAUACCAAGAAGCUUUUGAAAUCAGCAAAAAGGAAAUGCAACCAACACAUCCUAUCAGAUUGGGUCUGGCCCUUAACUUCUCUGUGUUCUAUUACGAGAUUCUGAACUCCCCAGAGAAAGCCUGCUCUCUUGCAAAGACAGCUUUCGAUGAAGCCAUUGCUGAACUUGAUACAUUAAGUGAAGAGUCAUACAAAGACAGCACACUAAUAAUGCAAUUACUGAGGGACAACUUGACAUUGUGGACAUCGGAUACCCAAGGAGAUGAAGCUGAAGCGGGAGAAGGAGGGGAGAAUUAACCGGCCUUCCAACUUUUGUCUGCCUCAUUCUAAAAUUUACACAGUAGACCAUUUGUCAUCCAUGCUGUCCCACAAAUAGUUUUUGUUUACGAUUUAUGACAGGUUUAUGUUACUUCUAUUUGAAUUUCUAUAUUUCCCAUGUGGUUUUUAUGUUUAAUAUUAGGGGAGUAGAGCCAGUUAAUAUUUAGCGAGUUAUCUGUUUUCAUCUUGAGGUGGCCAAUAUGGGGAUGUGGAAUUUUUAUACAGGUUAUAAAUGUUUGGCAUAGUACUUUUGGUACAUUGUGGCUUCACAAGGGCCAGUGUUAAAACUGCUUCCAUGUCUUAGCAAAGAAAACUGCCUAUAUUGGUUUUUCCUGGUGGAGAAUAAAAGGGAUAAUUGGUUCCAGUCACAGGUGUAGUAAUUGUGGGUACUUGAAGGUUUGGAGCACUUACAAGGCUGUGGUGGAAACGGAUGUCUAGUGGAUAUCACAUACUGAACCACGUGUGUCUGUGGCAUACUCAGUCUCCGUGUGCACAUCUUUGACUACAGCUGCAGGAGUGGUCCAUUAGACAAAAGUUGUGGCCCAAUUUACUCUGGAUAAAGGCAGAAACGGUUCACAUUCCAUUAUUUGUAAAGUUACCUGCUGUUUGCUUUCAUUAUUUUUGCUACACUCAUUUUAUUUGUAUUUAAAUGUUUUAGGCAACCUAAGAACAAAUGUAAAAGUAAAGAUGCAGUAAAAAUGAACUGCUUGAUAUCCAUUACUUCAUGUGUAUCAAGCACAGCAGUAAAACAAAAAACCCAUGUAUUUAACUUUUUUUAGGUUUUUUGCUUUUGUGAUUUUUUUUUUUUUUUGAUACUUGCCUAACAUGCAUGUGCUGUAAAAAUAGUUAACAGGGAAAUAACUUGAGAUGAUGGCUAGCUUUGUUUAAUGUCUUAUGAAAUUUUCAUGAACAAUCCAAGCAUAAUUGUUAAGAACACGUGUAUUAAGUUCAUGUAAGUGGAAUAAAAGUUUUAUGAAUGGACUUUUCAACUACUUUCUCUACAGCUUUUCAUGUAAAUUAGUCCUUUGGUUCUGAAACUUCUCUAAAGGAAAUUGUACAUUUUUGGAAAUUUAUUCCUAUUCCCUCUUGGCAGCUAAUGGGCUUUUACCAGGUUUAAACACAGAGUUUAUCAUAACAAAAAUACUACUAAUAUAGCUACAGUUUCCAACCAUGUCCCAUGUUCCCCUCUCCUCCCCACCCUGAAAAAGGCAAGUUCUUCUUUUUCCUGGGGAGGGGGAGGUUGAUCGGAAAGAGUAAUAGGUUCCAUGUAAAGUUUUGGCACAUGGCGUUUUCUAACUUAGGAAGCCGCAAUGUUCUUGGCCCAUCAAGCACUGGGUAGCAUUAACUGUAAGUUUUGUGCUUCCAAAUCACUUUUGGUUUCUAAGAAUUUCUUGAUACUCUUAUAGCCUGCCUUCGAUUUUGAUCCUUAUUCUGUUUGUUGGGUGCACAAGAUGACCUUCCUCUUUCAGCCUUGUCUUGCUACCGACCGUUCCUACUCGGUGGCCGUGUGCUUGGGGAAAGGCCGCAUGAUCUUCCCGGCUCCACUCCUUGUCUAGGAUCCCUUCUCCCUGGCUUGCAUCCCACAGGCGGUUCCUCAUCCUCUUUCCUGCAGCUAAUCUCUACCUUAGUGGACGAGAUUGUGUUUAUCUCCCUUGAAACCCUACCUUCCCCAAAUGGUCUGUCAUUGUCUGCCUUUAAAAUCCUUCCUCUUUCUCUUCCUCUCUUCUCCAAAUAAUGACGGGGCUAAGUUAUACCCAAAGCUCACUCUACAGAAUAUUUCCUCAGUACUUUGCAGAAAACACCAAACAAAAUGCCAUUGUAAAAGGUGUAUUUUUCCCUUUAGAAUGUAAGCUCCUCCAGAGCAGGGCCGCCGUCUUCUGUGUGUUCUCUUGUGCCUAGACACUGUAAAAUGCUCAAUAAAUCCUGAUGCCGGGAGGCAGCGAGGCUUGGUGACGAGGAUGAGAAGCUGAAAUCCCAAACACUGUUUUGUUGCUUGUUAUGACCUCAGAUUAAAUUGGGAAAUAUUGGCCCUUUUGGAUAAUUGUCCCAGAUAUUACAUUCAAAUAAAAGUGCAAUGGAGGCCUUGGGAUCUUUAUUUCCAGGAGAAAAGAUCUGAGACACCUGGGGCAAUGUGGUCAUCUUCCCUCAGCUCUUCACCUUCACUGUUGAUCUCUACUGACCCCCAGGCCACGGAGGUGAUGUCUUCUGUAUAGCUAAGAAGACUGAGUCAGCUACACUGAAGAGAUGGGUCUCAUUUGAGCAAAUAAGACCUGAAAUGUGUCAUGUAUGCUUAUUUGCUAUUUAAUGUACAUCCAUCAUCUAAACUAAUUUGGUUCUGAAAUAGUAGUAUUUCACUGAUGCUAGCUAUUUAAUGUUUUCUACACAGUAGUUCCCAAAAGAAGAUUUUCCACCUGAGAUUUUUUUGCUUUGGUAUCUGAAUAGUAAACCUGUUUAUAACAAUUUCCUUGAUGGUCCUAAGUCCAGACUUCAUGUCUGUUUCUGGCAAUUUAACACGAUAAUGCCAGGAAACUGGGAAAUCCAGUGAUGUACUUUGGGUGUUGAGUAUUGGAAUUGUUUUUGAAAAACCGGCCACAUUAGAGUUGUCCUUGGGCAAGUGGAGCCACAGUGUGCCUGGUGUGGACUUGCUCUUCCAAUGCCAGCUUCUUCAUGCUGUGGAAAUCAUGGGGGGAGGGAUAAGAAUCAGGAGAAUUCAAAUGGUUUAAUUUUGGGGACUCAAUUUGUCCUGUUUUCUCUACAAAAUAGUCACCAGUCCUGCCAUGGCCCAACGUGUGUUUUAAAACUAGUCACAGCCAUUUUGGGAACUGCAAUCUUAGAUUAUCUGGCCAGACCUCAACUUGGAGGAAACAAGAGUGCAACUUUGACUUUGGGAACUGUCAACAGUGAGAUGUUUUAAAAUCUUUGUGUAGAGUCUGGAUGCAGGCCCAAGGACUUUGGAGAUUUAAGCAGUGAUGGCAGCAUUUAAAUAAUGUAUAUAAUUUCCACAGGGGAAAAGCAGUUUGGAUGUAGGUGCAUCAUAAUCACUGCAUGAGGGCCUACAGUGUGUUAGAGGCAACCUGGUGCUAUGUGUUCAGAGGGGGUCUUGCACAUUCCCAUAAGGAAAGGUCAGGAAAUAAGUGGCUUUUCUGUGUUUUGUCUCAACACAAGAAAUUGCAAUGGUAGAUUUGAAAUAAUACACAACCUUUAAAGUGCUGGCUGAGACUGGACACUCAGGUGAUUGCUAGACUUUGAUCUUUUUAAAUGGGAAACUACAUUAAUAAAAUACUUUUAUGUGGCUUAUAGCAGUCACAUUCUGGUUAAUUCUAGCUCCUCUAAGUCGAGAGACCUGAAGAUAGAUCAUAAGAUGAUGUACAGCCAUGACAGAAGGAUCCGGAAUGCAAAUAUGUUUAAGCACGGUUACCAGUCCAACUUCAAUAUUUGAUUGUAUUUGAGUAUUUCAUGAAAGCCAAAACUGGUCUAAUAAAGUCUUGCUAGUAUUAAUUUCCAA